GUACUCUGUUCCGAAAAGGAUUAAAAUAUUAAUAAGCUGUGAUCUGCAUUAAAUACAAAAUCUCGUAACGAGCAACAUACAGUUUAUCGUGAUAUGCGUAAUAUAUUAUAAAAAACUGGGGCCCAUUUUCAAAUACUUCGAUAUUCAUGCGAGAUUUAUUUACGCAAGGUGUAAAGUUUUUUUAAAUGAGAGAGACGAGAAAGAUUUUUGGAUGGAAACCGCACCUUAUGUUCUUAAAAAGCACGUUUACAAAAGGCUCAAACAACAAAUCAGAGACAGUUUCCCCGUAAUAUAAUUACAAACUUUGGGUAUACAAGGAUUCGAGCAUCUAAAAGAGUAUAUAUUUAAUCAUUCGGUUUCUGAAAUGGCCGAGUUUCAACCAUCGGAUUCGAGCGAUGAAGAGCCUUUAAACGAAACCGUUAAAAAAUCCAAAACUGAAAAAAGAAAUGCAAAGGUCACAGAAAGAAAUAAGGAUAUCCUAAAUGCCACCGACACGGUUAGGCCAGUCCCUAAACACGCAAUCAAUUCUAAUGACGUAAAUAACGCUUCUGUAACUAAUCAGAAUAAACCUGAUAAUAAAGACGCGGGGAGAAUUGACAUACCUUUGUGUAAAAUAAGCAUGCCACAUAUAUAUUCUCAUUAUAUUAAGAAUGUAUCAAUGCAAGGCUUUGGUUUUGAACGAAAAAUCUUAAAUCCGCAAACUACAAAAGUGGUACAACCCUUACAGCAGGCAACAGCCUGUCACCAAAUCGGAAGGCCUAGUUCACAAUGUUUUAUACAGCAUUCUAAUACACAAGAACUAUCAAAAAUGUUACAAACCUUCGCUGCUGUUAAUCAGAACGAUGCGGAAAAUUUGCAAAAUGCCGACGGCGUUGUUUAUGAUGACGCUGCUACUUGUAAUUCUAACGAUGAUAUGUUAUUUUUGCGCAGUUUCCAACAACCGGCAAGUUCUCAAAAUUCUAAAAUUCAAAAAGUUUUUAAGUUGAGACAACGUAAGAGACGUAUAUCGUCCCCAGGUUUAUUGUUAAAAGAAAAGUCUACUAAAAAAAUUGCGUUGUCUGAAUUUUUGAAUUUUAAUGACAAUAUGAGUGCUGCUACUAGUCUGGUCACUUCAACAAUGUUACCGCCUGUGAGACCCACAAGUGAACCUCCAAAAUAUUUUAUUGAUUGUAACUGGAUCAAUAAUAAAGGUACUUUUCAAGAAAUGUGUACCGACCGUUUCAACGUAAUCAUAACUGAGAGUAAAUGCGAAGCCGCGGCACCACCAUCACGACAAACUGUAAGUAAAACAAUCGCUUCAAUUUUCAGUUGA